GUUUGGGCACGGCCUGACGCGUCUUCUCACAAAGUUUUGGAUCGCGCGGUUUCCUACGAACGCAUUUUAGUAUUUUUAGUUUAUAUUUAAUUCAUUCCAUUACGACUCUACCAAGUUUCAAUCAAUGAAGUGACAAGAAUUUCAUUCAAUACCGUGUUUUGGAGAUGAGUGUGUUGUUUUAAAACUGUGCAAGCUCGGAUUUCGGAAAUUGUUUUAAAUUUUCACGCGUGAAAAGCAAGGAUGCGCGGACGCACGCCGCGCUGGCGCUGGAUCGUGGCGGGCGGCGGCGCGCUGCUGGCCAUCGCAGCCCUGGGCGCCGCCCUGGCCUGGACCGCCAUCUUUGAUUCUGUGCUGGCUUCUCAAUUAGCCCUCAGCCCGGGCUCCCGCUCGUACCGCGACUGGGUGGCGCCCUCCAUGCCGCUGUACUUCGAGGUCUACCUCUACAACUGGACCAACGCGGAGAACUUCCCGCUGGAGAAGCCCAACCUGGUGCAACUUGGUCCAUACCGGUUCCGGGAAUACCGGCGGCACGUGAACAUCACGUGGCACCCCCACAACGGCUCGGUGUCGUACCGCAACCUGAAGAGCUGGCACUUCGACCCCACCAGCAACGGGACCCUGCAGGACAACAUCACCACCUUGAAUGUCAUCGCCGCUUCAGCGGUCUACCGGUCGCGAUUUUGGGGCUUCUUCCAGCAAAAAGGUCUCUCCAUGGGCCUCGCCAUGUUCGGCCAACACAUCUCCGUGUCAAAACUAGCCAGGGAACUGCUCUUCGAGGGUUACGAAGACUCUCUCCUGGAGCUGGCGAAGAGCCUGCCACCCAGCACCACUGGUGGUGCACCCCCUAUCGACAGAUUUGGGUGGUUUUACGAGAGGAACAACUCCCUGGAUAAUGACGGCUACUUGGAGGUGACUACAGGACAAGUCAGAGGCACGCUGCCGGGGCAAAUCGUCAGGUGGAACCACGAAGACCACCUCCCGUUCUACGAGGGCGAGUGUGCCAAGCUGUCAGGCAGCGCCGGCGAGUUCAUGUCCCGGAGUUUAGACGAGGACUCGCAGCUGGAGAUGUUCAUCCCGGAGCUGUGCCGGACCGUGGCCAUGGACUACGAGGAAAGUGGAGAGCACGCCGGCCUCAUGUACCACAAGUACGGCAUCUCGCGCUCCAGCUUCGAUAACUCGUCUGUGUCGUCCAACAACGCGUGCUUCUGCAACGGCGCGUGCGCAUGGGGCGGCGUGAUGAACGUGUCCGCGUGCCGCUUCGGCUCGCCGUCCUUCUUGUCGCUACCACACUUUCUGCACGGGGACCCUGAGCUCAGAGACAUGGUCACAGGCAUGGAGCCAGAUCCUGAGAAGCACUCGUUCUAUUUCGCUGUGGAGCCGAGAUUGGGAGUCCCUCUGGAUGUCGCAGCGCGGUUUCAACUUAACAUUUAUUUGGAGCCAAAUCCUAAUGUUGCUCUCUACGAGAACGUCCCACGCAUGCUGUUCCCAGUCUUCUGGGUGCAGCAACGAGUGCUAAUCGACGAAACCGUGGCAGUUGAGCUAGCCAUGGUCCGCAGCAUCCUCGACUGGGGGGCUACCGUGUGCGCGGGCGCAGCUCUCGCGUUUGCCACCGUCGCCGCCCUAGCCACGUGCUUCCCGAAGAAGAAGCACAAGGUGGACUUAGCAGCCGAGAAGCUGAAGGAAGACGAGCUCAAACUGAACCCCAUGUGAGAGUAGUGAUGUGCGUGCACUUUUAGGGGCCAAUAUCGCGAGACAGACAGUGGGAAUAUUGCCAUGAUUUGAAUAUUGCGUUGUCUUAAGAUUAAGAUUAAGACGUUUCAAAACACAUUUUUACUUGGUCAGUUUAAAUUAUGACUUUUGGAAUUGUGGCUUCGUUACAGUCAUUAUAUUGAAAUUAUUGUUCAUUCUACUGAAAUACUCACAUGCAGG